GCAAGGAAAUCCGAAUUAUACAUCCACAGAAUGAUAAUUCGGCUUUGUAGGGCCCACCGUUUACUGGUUCCGUAGCUAGAGUAAAUCGAAGACGCGCUUCUCGCCAUGGCGGCGGCUGGGGAGUGGCACGGAGAAUAUGACCCGCUUGAGGACCCUGAAGAGCAGCGGCACAUACUCUCUAUCUUAGACUCAUUCCGCUCCUACCGCCGCCUCGCGCACCACCACGGCACCCACACCCGCCGCCAAGCCUUCUACGCCCUUCCCUCCGCGCACUGGACCCUUCUCGCAGCCCCCCCCUUCAACAUCCUCUCCUCUCUCGACCAGCUCGACACCCUCGUCGAUGCCAACGCCGACCUAGCCGACGCAAUUUUCAUCACCGGCUUCCGCGCCUUCGUCGGGCCCCACCUUCCCCCCUCCCUCGUCGCCUCCGUCAUCGAAUCCAAACGCCUCGACCCUUCCGACGAUCUAGCCAUCUGCUCCGCGCUCCUCGACGAACUCGACGCCAAAGCCACCCCAACAGACUGCGACAAAGCCCGCAGCUGCAUCAACCAAUUCUACCGCGACUGGAGCGCGGCCGGCUCCGUCGAGCGCGACGCAUGCUUCAGCCCCGUCAUCUCCGCCCUCGUCGCCGAGUUCACCAACAACAAACCCGAUCUCAACGACGUGCAGGUCCUAGUCCCCGGCGCCGGCCUCGCCCGCCUCGUCUUCGACCUCGUGCGCGCCGGCUUCACCGUCGAGGGCAACGAGAUCUCCUACCACGAGCUCAUGGCCUCGUCGCUGGUGCUGAACCACACGACGCGCGCGGGCGAGUACACCAUCGCGCCCUUUGCGCUCGGGGGGUCGAACCACCACUCGCGGGCCGACCAAUUCCAGACCUUCGCCGUCCCGGACGUGCUCCCGCGCGCGGUGCUGGCGGACGCGGGCAGCGGCAGCCGGGUCCACGCGAGCGAGCGCAUGAGCAUGUGCAGCGGGGAUUUCUGCGUGCUGUACGGGCCGGGCGAGGACGGGCAGGGCGGGGAGCAGGGGCGGUUCGAUGCGGUGGCGACGGUGUUUUUUGUCGAUACGGCGCCGAAUGUGGUGAGGUAUGUCGAGGCGGUGCGGCAUUGUCUGAGGGAAGGGGGCGUGUGGGUUAAUCUGGGGCCGUUGCUGUGGCAUCAUGUUGCCAAGGGGCCGGCGGAGAGUCGGGAGGGCGGGGCAGGGGUGAGGGAGCGGGAUAUGGAUCGUGGGGUUGCGGAGCCGGGGGCUGUGGAGCUGACGGAUGAGGAGAUGGUGAAGUUGGUGGAGUGUUUUGGGUUUAAGGUUGAGCGGCAGGAGACGGGGAUGGUGGAGAGCGGGUAUAUGCAGAAUCCGAGGAGUAUGCUCGUGAAUACGUAUCGGCCUUCCUUUUGGGUGGCGCGGAAGGUUUCGGAUGCGUAGGGUCGGGGGUGGUGGGGUGGGUUGGCGUGGUUGUCAGAGUGAAGGGUUGGGGCUUCUGGUUCUUGAGGUGAAGUGGUUCAGGGAU